UAGGCUUCUUUCUAGACUCGGCAAUCGUCAAAUCGUCACCGCCGUUGCUUAACAUCGACGGAAACCGACCCCAUAAAAAAUGGCGACAAUUCCAUUGUCAACCAUUCACACGAUCUUCCCACCACUACCCCCUUCACUAUCCCUCCGCCGUCGCCCGUCUAACAAUCUCUCAUCAUUUCAAAAACUCUUCAGACCUUCCAACAAACCCCUGAUUUCCACCUUCACCUCAAAUCUCGUCAAACCUUCAGCAAUGGACUCCAUUUCUUCCACGAGAGUCCAAUCGAGCGGCAGUUCUAGUGUUCCCGAUCUAGGGCUCAUUCAACGUGCUAUUCAAUUGGCUCAAUCAUCACCACCCACAUGGCAAUCUGCUAUUUUCAGUAAUUUUGUGAUUUUUCUCGUGGGAUCGCCGCUUCUGGUAUCGGGAUUAUCUCUCUCCGGCAUCGCCGCCGCCUUCUUGCUAGGUACUCUUACUUGGCGUGGGUUUGGACCAUCGGGAUUUCUUCUCGUCGCCACUUACUUCGUUAUUGGUACAGCAGUAACAAAGGUAAAAAUAGCUCAAAAGGAAGCUCAAGGUAUUGCGGAGAAGAGAAAAGGAAGAAGAGGACCCGGGAGUGUGAUUGGUUCAAGUGCUGCAGGUUGUGUUUGUGCAUUGCUUUCAAUUUAUGGAGUUGGUGGCAAAGUGUUUUCUAGGGUUUGGGAACUCGGAUUUGUUGCUAGUUUUUGUACAAAGUUGAGUGACACCGUGUCUAGUGAGAUUGGAAAAGCAUAUGGCCAAACAACAUAUCUAGUAACAACGUUGAAGGUUGUCCCGAGAGGAACCGAAGGUGCGGUUAGCGUUGAGGGAACUGUUGCCGGGGUUUUAGCUUCGAUUGUUCUUGCAUUUGUCGGUUGUGUUAUGGGCGAGAUUAAGGUUGCGGAAGCAGUCGUAUGCGUGUUGGCAUCACAAAUUGCAAAUGUUGGUGAAAGUGUGAUCGGGGCUGUGCUCCAAGAUAAAAAAGGAUACGAAUGGCUUAACAAUGAUGUGGUAAAUGUGAUUAAUAUAUCGCUGGGAAGCAUACUAGCCAUCUUGAUCAACCAAUUUGUACUCCAAAAUUGGCUUCCAUAAACAACCUAGUUUAAAUUCUUUCUAAGUUUGUUGUAUAAAUGGCUAAUUUUAAUGAUAGUUUUAUACGCUAAAAUUCUUUUUUGUUUAGAAUGAGUUAGUAAUACAUAUGGGUGCGUUGUACUUUGUAUAGUGUAACCAUUGAUAGCAUGGAAGAUGCGUAAUUUGAUUAGAG